CUUUUCUUCCUCUCCUGUUAGUCAGAUCACUUAUCUUUGUUUCUCAGUUGGAAAAACUGAGGCUGGAGAAGCCAGUUUUUUUCAUGAGUGCAUUCAGGCUCCUUUCUGUCUGUAAUCACCGCACAGUGCAUCUGGCUCUCCCACUUACCCAGAAGAGACUGCUCCAGUGUUACACACCAAAUUGUCUCUGUGUCUCUCCUUAGUUUUGUCCAGGCUGACAUUAGUAGGCUCGGUCGCUUCAACUCCCGUUAUCCUGUUGUCUAGGCUGCAGGGUGGUUGGCAGUGUUCCUCCAUGAGUGCAUCAUCCUGCAUCUGAGCAUCACCGCUUACUGUCGUGUUACUAAUGGUGCGCUGUCCCUGUCCCGGCAGAUCUUCAUCCGCAGCACAGACUGUGACCGGACGCUGAUGAGUGCGGAGGCCAACCUGGCAGGCCUGUAUCCCCCAGAGGGACAACAGAUGUUCAACCCUAACAUCUCCUGGCAGCCUAUCCCUGUGCACACAGUGCCCGAGUCCGAGGAAAGGCUACUGAAGUUUCCUUUGAUCCCCUGUCCACGGUAUGAACAGCUGCAGAAUGAAACACGGCACUCACCAGAAUACAUAAAUAAGACCAAAGAGAAUAAGCAAUUCCUGCAGAUGGUGGCAAAUGAGACUGGGCUCCGGGAUGUCUCUCUCGAGUCUGUUUGGAGCGUGUAUGACACACUGUUCUGUGAACAAGCACACAAAAUGGAUUUGCCUCUAUGGGUGACACCAGAUGUCAUGAUUCAGUUGAAGCAACUGAAAGACUUUGGGUUUGAAUUUCUGUUUGGGAUCCACAAUCGCAUAGAAAAAGCUCGUCUGCAAGGCGGGGUCCUGCUGGGUCACAUAAGGAAAAACCUAAUCAAAGCAACAAAUGUUUCUGCUCACCAGAACCUGAAAGUACUUGCCUAUUCAGCGCAUGACACCACACUUGUGGCACUGCAGAUGGCUCUAGAUGUCUACAACAAGAUUCAAGCACCAUACGCCUCAUGUCAUUUAUUUGAGCUGUACCAAGAGGAUGAUGGUAACUUCUCCGUGGAGAUGUUUUUCCGGAACGAGAGUGGGAAGGAACCUUUCCCAAUGACAAUCCCUGGCUGUCAGCAUAAGUGCCCACUGCAAAGAUUUGUAGAACUCACAGAUCCUGUUGUUCCCCAGGACUGGGAGCAAGAAUGUCGGGUAGCAAGCAGCAUCCACGACACAGAACUGUUUGUGGGCCUGGCUGUGUGUGGAUCCAUUCUCCUUCUCCUUAUAAUCCUCCUCUUGACUGUACUCUUUCGCAUACAGUCUCAGCCCCCUGGCUACCGGCACGUUUCCAAUGAGGGAGAAGAGCAGGCCUGACAGUUGCUUCAACUCCUUCCCAGGCAGUAGGAGGGAGCAGUGUUGCCCCUAAGGAUGAUUGGGCACCUUCCAGUUACUGAGCGUUCUGCUUUGGCUAUUGCCUCCUAGAAUGAAGCUGGACUUGAUUUUUGGAUGCUUUCUAAAGGUGACGUCCCAGAGAGAGAAGACUGAGCUACUCUAAUGGAAAUGACACCUUAAUUCUGAAGCCAGCAUACUGUGUGGUGCCCCCAGUCCUCAUACAGCUUACCUAGUCUAGGAUUCCCAAUGUGGCCAACUGGAGCUGGUCAAGAGUUUUCCUUCUUUCAGUGAUUGUAAAUGUUACCACUCACCAGGAUUCUGGUAGAGGGGCUUGGGCCUCCAGCAGCUGCCACGUCCAGUGCCGUCAGGAGCUGCAUCUCUCUUCAGGGUCAACCUGCUUCGAGUGCUUUUCCCUCAAGCCAUUGGGCUGAUGAUGGUGGGAAGGCUGUGCUUGGAGCAGAGGGCCUAGCUCACUAACAGUGUGCCACGACUCAUCUACUGUCCGUGCAGAGGGAACUGCUGCAGAUGAUAGCAGACAGCGAAAAGCGUUUCUCGAGGUUGCUACCAAGUAGUCGCUGCUGGCAACUGGUCUUUUUCCUCCUCGCAUUGUGGUUCAAGAGAGAACUGGCCUGGAAUCAGGACAAGAUUGAAAACCCGGCAGUAGUUUCUAGGAUUCAGCUCAGAGUAGGUCAUAUGUGAUCUAAAGCAGCCCCAAGAGCUUCAUCAGAGGAAGUCCUGUGAGCAUAGUAACCUGCACCCAAUUUCUUGUGCAAUGUUGGCUCUAGAAAGGAGAGUCCCCCUAGAUAAGAAACUUGGUUCCUGUCUAAAGAUUCAGCCUUUGGAUUUGACUUCCCCACCUCUGAACUUCAAGUACGUAUUACAGGGAAUACCCAGUACUGCAGGCAGUCCAGAGUUCGGCUACAGGCCCAAGGAAUACGCUUCGCUAGUGGAACAUUUUUAUGCUGUAAUUAAGGAGAUGUAGCAGAGCUGUUUACCUAAGACUAGACUAAAUGCCAAGUUCUCUAGUGGUUUUUUUUUUUUUUCCUAUCUUCCCUACUGGAUGGACAACAAACAAACAAAAAAACCACCCCCUUAAGGAUCAGAGUUUGGAGGUGACUCUGGAUCCCUUUAUUUGCUACACUUUGGCAUUUUGUCCAAAGCGUGAUUCUUCCUGCAGGCUGGCCCCUCUGUGCGCACUGCAGCUGCUGCAGGGAACUUCAUGCCAAGUGCUCACCACCUGCCUUGUAGCUUUUGGCAGAAAAUGAGACUGCAGCAGGCACCAGAAACACAGGCUCUUCACAUGGUGAUACUGCACAUUCACUUCCCACUUUUACUUCCCUUUCUGGUGCAGUUCCCUUCCCCUCUUGGCGGCAGAAGCCAGUUCUUAGGUUACAGACGUUUCCUUUUCUUCCCUUGUGUAGUACCGUGGGGACUUU